GUGGCACAGCUCAACGACAGGAUGGCUUGUCGUUCGUCAACAUAAAUACAACAUCGGCAGUUACAAUACGACGUGAUCAUUUUCCGGACGGGGAAUAUGUUACAUACAUAGAAUAUGUUACUCCAUUUAAUGAAUAUUUCCGGUGAGUAGCACAAUUAGUCGAGGGCUUCGGUUGAGUAAUUUUUCAAGGUUAGAGAAGUUCGAGGUUUCUCUCUCGCACCGUGACACUUGACGUUCCUCAACGCGUCUCAACUGCGAUAUUCGAACCCGUGCGAAGAUGUCGGCGCACGUUAUGUGCUUGACAUCUUCCGGAGGAAUUCCUCUGUUUACGCGUCACAAUGGAGACAGCGAUACGAUGACGUUUUCGAAAAUAGCAUCCCUCAACGGAGUCCACAUGUUCUUGAAGUCGCAGGAUAUCACUCUGUUGAGCACCGAUCUGCCGGACACGACUGUGGUGUGGAAGGAAUUUGAGGACUGCAUCAUACUGAUAGUAAUCGCCAGCGGAGUGACCAAGUAUGUAUUGGACAAAUUUCUGGACGCCACUUUCGGCGCGAUGGUCCUCUUCACUGGUAUCGACGAGAUAAGGAACACCAAGAACAUAGAGAGGCUCAAGAAGGACAUGCGUCUCUGUGGUCCCAUCAUAGACAGACUGAUGGACUGCCUGGACAUAGGAGAUAAGAUCUCCGCGAAAACCGACAUGGUCAAUAUGACAGAGUGCAUCAUAUCUCCCGAGAAUCAUUUGCUUCAGACUUCUUUAGAAGGAUUCAUGGAAUGCCUGGACUCGGUGUACGGGUGCAUUCUGGUGCACGGCUGUGUGGCAGUCGCUACGGAAGGCUGGUGGUCGCUGGAUCCUGUGGAAAGGAAAUUGUUGACAAUAGCGGUUACCACCGAAAGUAUCUGCACCACCCGCGACGUUCCAGUGUUCCUGCCUCGUAAGAGUCCGAAUGUGGCGUUCAGACUGGUGUCUAUAUCUCUGAUUAACCACGUGGACGUCCUGGCGUUGUGCGGCCCGAAUCCGGAACUGACGGAAAUCGAGAGAUUCGCCGUGCAAUGCUGGAAAGGCAAUAUCGAUGCGCUGUGCGCAUCUGAACAGUGUUAUCCUCGGAACUUACCCGCUUCGAUAUCCUUGGACGGUGAAACGCUCGGAUUUCUGCUGGCGAAUUACAAGGUGGAGAAGUUCGUGCUCGGCAGGAACUCGCAGUGCGCGAAGAAUCGCGUGACCGGCUCUCACAGGCUGGACAUCCUGCGUACGUUUUAUCACCAGGCGGUCGAGACGUUCGCGCUGUCGGCCGAACGCGACGACGGCGAAGGUGCGACCGCGUGGAGGUUCAGCGGAGCGAAGGAGACGUAUCUGUGCUCCGAGUAUCACAAGUGUCACGCUGUCAAGCACGGUGAGCACGUGCUCUGCGUCCUGUACACGUCGGCCGUGCCGACUCACACCAUGAGGCUGAUCAGUCAGAAAAUACUCAAGACGGUGUUUAACGAUAAGCAAGCGUAUUGGUAGGCCCCUGCUUUCUUCCUUCCACCCGUCUCGCAUCUGUAAUA